AUGUGGGUGUGGGGUCAGUGUCAAUUGUGUAUUGGUGUAUUGGUAAAAUCUUAUGUUAAAUGUCCGAUAAAUAUGAUUUUACGUAUAACGGUGAAUCUUAUGUGUGUCACAAUUUUCGGAGGAAUUUUACGCAGUUUACCUGAAGUGGCCUCAACCGACGGUAUGAUUGUCCUCGCGGUUCAUACAUUGCCAAAGAUAAAAAAUGCCAAAGUUGCCAUUCCUCUUGUUCAGCAUGCAAUGAAAAGGGAUGCCUUGCUUGUAAAGAAGACGGAGAUGUACACCAUUCCAAAUACCUUACUCGAGAUGGUGCUUUCAAGAGUAAGACUUGUCAAUGGAUCUUCAAUCUUGGAAGGUGUGGUAGAGGUGUAUUACAAUGGAUCAUGGGGUACUAUAUGCUCCAGUGAGUGGGGUGAGCAAGAUGCAACUGUGGUAUGCAAGGAACUGAAGUUUGGAAAUGUUAUUGAGAGUAGAUUGUUGGACAAAAAUGGUUCAAACCUUAUGAUUUUCGAACAAAAAAUUUGGUUUAGUGAUGUGCGUUGUAGAGGCAAUGAAGACUCUAUAUUUGAUUGUCCUAAAAGAGAUGGAGGAAAGAAUAAAUGCAGUCAUAUGGAAGAUGUAGCAAUCCGAUGUAGUGGUCCAGAUACGAGGAGAACGUGUGAAGUUGACUGUGGAGAUGGUUUCUUCAAGUUUAAAUCUUCUUGCCAACCAUGUCCUCUUGAUUGUAGGACUUGUACCUCCAUGGACACUUGUUUAAGUUGUAAUGAAAUGAGAUUUCUCCGUGGUACAAAGUGUGUUGCCAAUUGUCCUUCAGGGAUGUUUGGGGAUGGUGAUUCAAGGAGAUGCAUGCCCUGCUCAGAGCAAUGUCGCACUUGCAAAUCUUUAGAUGUAUGCACCAGUUGUCAUGUGGAUAAAGAAAGACCGUAUUUAGACGCUGGAAGUUGUGUUAGCAAUUGUGGUAAAGGUGUAGUCAAUAAAAGAUUUAUUCGUUUAUCUGGGAAAAACAGUAGCCAGUACAAAGGAUUACUGGAAGUGAAAUAUGAUGGGAAAUGGCAUACAAUAUGCAGCAUUAACUUUUAUCUACAUACAGCUCGAGUAUUUUGUAGAGAGUUAGGCUUCGGAGAACCUUUAAAGUACUCGGGCGGUCUAUAUGGGACAGGCAAAGGUCCAAUUCUAAAACGUUAUAUAAGAUGUAAGGGGGACGAAACGUCAUUUAUUUCAUGUUAUCAAGGUGAUUGGUUUUAUUAUUAUUGUGAUCACAAUGACGAUGUUGGUUUAUGGUGCAAGGCGCCUACGAAGGAUGUUAGAGUGGAUAAUAAUUGUAUAGAAAAAUGUCCUGACGGUACCUACCGUGAUCAAAACAACAUAUGUGAACUGUGCAAUCCUAUAUGUCUGACCUGCAAGGAUGAUGCCUCGAAAUGUGUUACUUGUCGUGAACGUUAUUUUCAUAAUGGUACUUUUUGCGCACUUCAGUGUCCACGUGGUACUUAUGCCGAUUCGAAACUCCGCAAGUGUAAACCUUGUGGGAAAAAAUGCACGACCUGUAGUUUGAGAGAAGACAACUGUUUGUCUUGCGCGGGUCCUUUGGUUCAUAACGGAACACAUUGUGUCGCGUCAUGUCCGAAGAAUACGUACCAGAAAGAGUUCGAUUGCGUUGAAAAAUGUGGUUUUAAACAUUACCCGAAAGAUGGCAAAUGUCGUGCUUGUCCAUUCAAAUGUCUUUUUUUUGUAAUGCAUCUGGUGUUUGCCUUGCUUGUCUACGAUCAUCGGUUGACAAAAGAAGGUCGAUGUCGACGCUCGUGUCCUUCUGGGCAAUAUUCGUUUCCCUUGAAAGCAAGCGACGUACACAAUCAACCCGAAUUGAGAUUAUCAAGCAAAGAAGGUUAUGUAUCGAAGGGAAGGUUGGAGAUUUAUCAUGAUGGAGAAUGGGGGACAAUUUGUUACGAUAGUUGGUAUUCUGGAAAUGCUUCCUCGGUUGCCUGUAGACAACUGUUACUUGGUCCUCCCAAAGUUCAUCUUUAUCUUAACGAUAAAAAUCCACGUGGACAGAACGUGACCCGCACGUGGCUAGACCAGGUAGUUUGUACCGGUUACGAAGAAAGGCUUAGUGAUUGUGAGAGUGCGAAUUGGGGAGUACAUGACUGCAUCGCCGCUGAGGAUGUUCAUAUUGAAUGUCAUUAUCCAGGAAUGACAAAAUGUGUACCUAGUUGUCCCACGUCGUACCACGUGAGCGGUGAAUUUUGUAUACAUUGUGCGUCCGCCUGUAUAAACUGCUCAGGCACGGCAAGUAACUGUACGUCAUGUAAGCAAGGAUAUGUUUUGACAGAAGAUAAUCGCUGUUUGGAGGAAUGUCCACCAGGAUUUUAUAAAAAAGAUGGGUUGUGUGAGAAAUGUCACGUGGAUUGUUUAACUUGUAACGGCCCCACGGAUCAUCACUGCACAUCCUGCCUACGUCCAAAAUUACUGCUUAAGGUUAUGUGUGUAGACAGCUGCUUGCGUAAACAAUAUGAAAGAACUGUAAAUCCAUACAUAAAUUUAACUCAAAGAACGGGUCCAUUUGAAGGUGUUGUUAUGUUAAAAGUUGGCUCUAGAGUUGGUUUUCUCUGUGAUCGUCGACCGACUAUGGAAGAUGGUCAAGUUAUUUGUCGUGAACUUCAUAUGGGCAAUGUUGUAGAGGUGGAUGAAAGGUCUAUGUUCUAUAGUUACAGGACGCCUAUUGUUAUGAAGAAUCCUAUUUGUACAGGCAACGAGUCUUCGAUAUUUGAUUGUCCUUUGCAAAAGAGAUAUUCUUUCUGUUCACGGACUAAUGUUAUGUCUGUAAAAUGUUCUGGUCCUGAUUUGUCAAGUCAAUGUAUCGAAGAUUGCCCUUCAACAAAGAAUUUGUACGUUGAUGACCAGAAGAGGUGUGCUUUUUGCUCCAAGAACUGUUUGGGUUGCAUCAAAAUGCCACGUUGUGUACAGGAUGUCCAAAAGAUUCAUUACAUCUCGGUUUGGCUGUUUAAGAAGAACAAAUUUAGUUUAAGAAGAUUCCUCCAUUGCCGAAAGUUACUGACAUGGGACAAGAAAUGUGUUGAAUUUUGUCCCGAGGGAACAUAUUACGAAUCGAAAAGUAAGACGUGCAAAAAAUGCAAUCUUCAAAUGUGUCUCGCGUGUCGAGAAAGCUCUGAAAUUUGCACAGUAUGUGCCAAUGGUAAAUACUCCUACAAAGCAGCAUGUCUAACGAAAUGCCUUGACAAAGAUUAUUCAGUAGAAGGAGUGAGGAAUUUGAGAUUGACCAAAUCUUUUCUUUAUCACGUACCAUACCAGAAUAUUUCUUCCGGUUAUAUUGAGAUCAUGGUGAAUAAAACAUGGAAAGGAGUUUGUUUUCACGGUUUUAAUAUGAAAGCCGCCGCUGUUGUUUGUCAUCAUCUUGGCUACGGUGAUCCAGUGUCUUUUUUCUCUCGUUAUCUUAAUUAUCGCCUCGGCGUAUCAGAAAUGGUCGCUUUUAACUGCACUGGAAAUGAAGCGUCGUUUAAGCAAUGUUCUAAAGUCGUCGAAACCUGUAGAACUUAUUCUAUGGUCAAGCUGACUUGUUCACGAUAUUCGCCAAUCAAAAGAUGCUUGACGUCAUGUGAAGAUGGAUUUUAUGCAGUACGAAAACAGUGUCGCCGUUGCUCCAGUAACUGUUUGACAUGUGCAGGCUCGGCUAAUCAUUGUACUUCAUGUUUUCCCACUCAAGUAAUGCGUUCUUCAAAGUGUGAGGACAAAUGCGAAGAUGGAUACUUCAUUCAGCUAAAUAACAUGACGUGUCAAAGAUGUAGUGAUCAAUGUAGGACAUGUAUGGAUGGCUACACUGAUGAUAGAUGUACAUCUUGUGAUGACCCUUAUUACUUACGAGGUACUAAAUGUGUUGAGUCGUGUUAUCCUGAUCAUUCUUUAAAUGAAUUGAUGCCGCACCGGGAACCUUCAGUGAAACUUCUAAAUGGCUCCUUUUAUGGAGAGGGAUUUCUUUGGGUAAUGAAGGAUGGCAAAUGGAACAUGAUAUGCGAAUACGAGUCAACGGGAAGCAGAGCGAAGUUCAUAUAUGAUCUUGUCUGUCAAGAGUUAGGUUUUGAACAGGCUUCAAUCAUCAAGAGGAAACCUUUUGCUCGAAACCUUAUGGACAAAACGUUGACCUCGCAAUGUGAAUUGUAUGAGUUCUCUCUCAGAUUGUCAUUUACGUCCAAAGUAUUGGUUUUUGCCAACCCCGCCGACAUAACAUGGCUAUUUGAAAACAAGACACUCUCCGAAAGUACUUCGAGGAACGAAGGGCCACGAGUCAUGAACAACGGUUCACUGUACAUUGCCGUAUCAAUUCUUAAAGACGCCGGUAAAUACACUUGUGUGGCAAAUAAUUCUCGUGGAAGCUCAUCAGAAAUCGUUAUGCUCCGCAUUGGUGAUGAAAUUCAUUUCGAGAAGAAACCUGGUGUCGUCGUAGUGUCGUUGAAAGAUAAUGCUGUAUUUCAUUGUCGACCGUUCGAGAGGGGCACGACUUUGCCUUUGGUUGCUUGGCGUCACAAUGGAAAGACUUUGAGAAAUAACGGAAAAUACGUAAUUUCUGAUGAAACGUUGACUAUUAUACAAGUGUCAGAAAAGGACUGUGGCGAAUAUUAUUGUGUUGUAAACGAUGGACACACUACUUUAACUACCUCUGGAAAGUUGAUCAUAAAAAAUGUGCCGCCAUGCAUCUACAAUCCACCACAAAAUCUGGCGCUCAAAGAAGGUAUGUACGCCAGGUUUUACUGUGAAGCGAGUGGCGAACCUCCUCCUACGAUUUCGUGGGAAAAAUUUGGUAGCACGUUGCUGAAAAAUACGAAGGAGUUGCGAAUAGACAAAGUGAACAUCUCCCAUGUUGGAGCCUUCGUUUGUAUCGCCGAUAGUGGAGGAAAGAAAGUUAAGAAAGUUGCAUUUCUCAGUGUGGAUGGAAUUUAUGCCUGUCCAUACAUAAUUGAAAAGCCGAAAGAUGCCAUAGCUGAAUUAGGUAAUACGUCAAGCUUUUACUGCGAUGGUGCAGCGUACAAUCACAACGUCAACAUAUUAUGGUAUAAGGAUGGUAAAAAGAUCAUCGAUAACGAUAAAUACGACAUUAUUGAUAAAAUAGGAAACUUGUCAUUAAAAUGUCGAUCGUCACGAUAUUGGAUCUUAUACAUGUGUGGUUGAUGAUGGUAAUGGUGAACGUGCCAGCAUGGUAGCUCGUUUGAAAUUAACAGGAAGUCUGAGUCCGAGUACUGAAUCAUCAAAUCCUGCGGGGAUCAUCAUUGGUGUUCUAGUAUGUAUUCUAGUGAUCAUCGUUGUCCUUUACUUUGUCUAUCGCUAUAGUCGCCAUGGUGUUACUCCUGUUGAUGUCAUGAAAAGAGUGAAACGUAAGUCAUUAUCUCGUCUUCAGUCCAAUACAAGACAUACUGUAUUGAAUUAUAACACAGCGGAGUCUCAUGAUGAUGAAGAUGCCUAUGAUACUGCUGAUACAAAUCCCUUCGUCAGAGAUUAAAUAUUUGUGUAUUUUUUCUCGUUAUAUUUGUACGUAAAAAUAUCAAUGUCUUAACCAUGUAUAUGCCUGCCUUUGUAAAUUUGGCUUGUGAGAUGAUAUGUAUGACUUGAUUGAUUUUAUUUUUUUGAAUUUAGUGUGCUGCGAGCACUUGCAAUCAGUGGAAUUAGACUAGAAAGAUGUAAUAAAAUUACAAAAUGUGAUUGCAAUUGAAAA